AUGCUUUCUGGUCUGCAGUAUCUCAAGCACAAUCUUUAUCAUUAUCCCACUGCGUUUGUCUCAACUAUCUUGGGCAUUGCAGCACCUGUGAUCAUUUUCGUGGUUUAUCCUAUUCGUUAUGAAAUGGGUUACAGAAGACCGUUGCACAUUCCCAAGUCAUUCCCAGUCCCCAACAGAGCACGCAAUUUUCCCGUUGGAUUUGGAGACGAAUAA